UAACGUUACUUUUAGGCUAAAGUUGUACUUUGUGAACUGGAAAGUGAAAACUUCUCUAAUUUUCAUCGGGGAACGCUUUGGGUAUGGAGGAAGCGGUCUAGGUGAAAAGAAGUAUAUUGUGCUUCGCAGCUUUGGCUUGGUCCCAAGACUACCAUCAUGGAUCACCAGCAUUUGGCGCAACUGGAGGCCCUAUGUGAUCAACUUUAUCAAUCGCCAGAUGGGGAGACUCGAGCAUCCGCGGAGAAGGCACUUAAUUCCUUCACCCAGGCUUCCGACCUUGCUGAAAAAUGCCAGUUCGUCUUCAACAAUUCAUCGAACCCAUUUGCUCUUCUUGUGUCGUCGACGGCAUUGACUAAGCUGGUCUCCGAGGAGACCAACACUCUCACCAUUGACCAGCGCCUGGGCCUCAGGAACUAUGUUCUGCAGUUCCUGUACAGCAACACGAAAAUUCCCCAGUAUGUGCUGCAGUCGUUCACCAAGUUGGUAUCUCGUAUUACGAAACUUGGCUGGAUGGGCAAUAUUGACGGUCACUACGUUUUCCGCAAUGUCGUUGAAGAAGUGAAGAAGUUCCUUCAGGGAGAUGGCGACCAAGGUGUUGUGGGGAUCAAGAUCGUCUCUGAGAUUGUUGCGGAGAUGACUGUGCCGGAAUGCUUUCGCCUGUCAUCCCGUUUUCGCAAGGUCUGUAAUUCCUUUCGUGACGAGUGUCUACUGGAGAUCUACGUACUGGCGAUUACAGCCUUGAAAGGUGCCGCCGGAAAGUUUGAUUCAAGCUCUGCGCCCAACGCAAUAAACAAUGAAGCAGUGAGGGUGUUUAUUCAGCAGCUGCUGGUGUUGAUUCACGGCUGUCUAAAUUAUGACUUCAUUGGCUGUUCAAUUGAUGAAUCACUGGAUGAAUAUGCUACUGUCGCAGUGCCUGGUAGCUGGAGGGAUUGCUUCCUGGACUUGGACAAUGUGCGUGUCUUUUUCAACCUUUAUCAUCGCUUGCCAGCAGCUAUGGGUGCAAAGGUUUUCAGCUCUUUAGUGCAGAUGACAUCUGUUCGUCGUAGUCUAUUUGAUGGCGAAGAGCGGAAGCGGUUCCUGCAGUGUCUCCUACUAGGUGUACAGUCUGUGUUAGAAUCACCGCAGAAUCUUAUGGAUAGGCAGACGUAUCAUGAGUUUUGCUGCUUGCUUGUGAGAUUGAAAUCAAACUACCAGCUGAGUGAACUCAUCCAAUGCGAUAACUAUGCGGCGACAAUCCAGCUAGUAGCUAAAUUUACAGUCUCUAGUUUGGAGUCUUGGCAGUUUUCGAACAACAGCAUCCACUACUUACUGAGCUUGUGGCAGCGCCUUGUCAGUUCCAUGCAUUACAUCCCUUCAACUAGCAAUCAUAUGCUUGAUGAGUUAGCGCCAGAGAUCACCAAGGCUUACAUCAUGUCACGAGUCGACUCUGUAAUGGCUGUGCUACGAGAUGGACUUGAGGACCCUCUGGAAGACUUUGAAUCCGUCAAACAGCAACUAGCAAUGAUAGCACCUAUUGCGCAAUGCCAGUAUGAGAGCACGGUUCAGUUGCUGAUGAACCUGUUUGACGCCGCGGCGCAGCAGUAUCAAUCUGCAAUGCAGACCAACUCUGCAGGCGACAUUCAACUGCAAGAAGGCCGGCUAACUUGGUUAGUUCACUUGAUUACUGGAGCAAUCUGUUCUCGCAGCAGCAGCUCGCAGGACGACAGUCUAGCACGAAUUGAUGCCGAUCUUUGCUAUCGCGUAUUCCAGCUGAUGCAAGUUGCAGAUGCAAGACUUCAGGCUGGCCAUGGCAAUGAUAAACUUGGGCUUGCAUUCCUUGGAUUCUUUGAAGAGUUCAAGAAGGUGUGCAUGAACGAUAACGACAGAAUGGUGCGAUCCUCUGCGCUGUAUGUACGUUUAGAUGAGUUGAUGGGAAUUAGCAAUGACUCCAUGGUGUUGGAGAUGCUAGUUCAAAGAAUUGUGACGAAUCUCAAAUACUGGUCUCAUCAGCUACUGGUGGAUAAGACUGUCAAUUUACUGCAACAACUUGCUAUUGGAUUUUCCAGCGGUCGCAAGCUGGCAAAGCUGGACUCUGUCAAGCUGCUGCUGGAGAAUCACACGACGCAAGGUUUUCUCUUCCUUGACAGCAGUAAGAAUCCUCAGCAGUCACCUGGCAGUGUCUUCUUUGCCGACAUGCGAUUACGCACACGGUUCUACUCGGCUUUAACUCGAUUAUUAUUUAACAGACAGACGGAGACUGAGGAGUCAUUUGAGACAUUCGUGGCGCCAAUGAAAGCUGUGAUGGAUCAGAUAGGUACAGCGUUCUCCACAUGGAGCAGUGCAAGUCCUGCUGAUGAUGUCAAGAGAAUCUUCAUAGCUUUGUGUCGGGAUCUACGUGGUGUAGUACAAGCACUCACCAGCAAUGCAACCUAUGUACUCUUCUUCAACCUGCUCUAUCCAAGAUACUUUCCAAUCUUUCAACGAGCCAUGGAGCUGUGGUGUACUGAUCCGUGUGUGACGUCACCAUUGCUCAAGUUAAUUGAAGACAUGGUAACUAAUGAAGCACAGCGUCUCCUCUUCCCGAUUUCCUCUGCCGGCGGUAUCCUACUUGUACGGGAGGCUUGUGCAAUCAUGGCACUGUAUGGACGUGGUGUCAUGGGCUUGGGAGAGAUCUCCGCGGACCAGCUCUACCCGCUAAAGCUGAAGGGUGUUAGCUGCUGCUUCAAGAUCCUACAGCACAUCCUCUCCGGACGGUAUGUCAACUUUGGCGUGUUCCGUUUGUACGGCGAUGAGGUCUUGGACAACUCCAUCACCAUCUUCCUGAAGAUUGCUGCCACGAUACCACACACCACAGUCACUGAAUACACAAAGUUGUUCAAGUCCUUCUACCAGCUGUUGCCGUGCCUGACGGAAGACCACAUGGACUUCUUGAGCACCCUGGACCCUGAUGUGUUGGUGUACAUCUUCCGAUCUGUAGUAGUGGGACUGACAGGUGUCGAUGUAGCAGGAGUGACCCACUCUUGCAGCACACUGGACCACAUAAUCUCCUACGUCUUCAGGAAGCUGUCCAAGAACACCAGCGGGGCACAGCAAGUAUCGCUGCUGCGCGUUCUAGAAAACCAGCCCGACAUUCUUAAUGAGAUUCUCUCUAUCAUGGUGAAUCUUGUGGUGUUUGAGUCCUGCUCCUACCUGUGGUCCAUCUCAAGACCUCUUCUAGUUCUUAUUCUGGUCAAUGAACGGUUCUUCUCUAAACUUCAGACUGACAUUGUUGCUGGUCAGCCUAGUCACCGUCAACAGCCCAUUGUUGCCCUGUUCGGUCAACUGAUGGAUGGCGUGGACCGGUCCCUUGCAUCACGGAAUAGAGAUACGUUCACACAAAACCUGGCUCGUUUCUCCUCUCAGAUCUUCAGCAUACUGACAGACAACAACUCCAGUAGUGCGGCAUAUAGCUAUGGCCAGAAUACUCCACAAAUCUCCGUCAAUUCCUCUUCCUUACCCAAUGAUGACAUGGCAAUGGCAUGAGGCUCCUUGGCUUUGCUCCUCGACGAUGCUCCUCAGCUUCGCUCCUUGAUAUUCACUCUGCUUUUAUUGGUCCGCAGUGUCUAGGUGUUUCUAUUCUGUUGCGUUAUUGGCAUUAUCCAGCACCGUUGUUGUUUUUGUUGUCGUGGUCGUUGUUGUUGCUGUUGUUGUGGUUGGUGGUGUUGGUGGUGGUGGUCGUGGUGGUGGCGUUGUUGGUGGUGUUGGUGGUGGUGGUGUUGUGCGUAGUGUUUUCCUUGUUCUUGUCCGUUAGGAUUAUUUCACUUUGUUUGUAUUGAUGUUAGAUAGUAUUGUCUGAGUUGAUUGCUGCUAUUCCACCAUGGCUGCUUCUGCUCUGCUCUUGUAUUCUGUAUGUCACGCACACACAUUACCCACCUAGUUCCUGUACAGUUUUCCUAUAUAUAGAUAUAUCUUUUGCUGUCUCUCCCCUGCCCAGUGUUUUUUUUUGCACGAUGGUUUUUAAUGCGGCAUUCUUGAUUCUCCUCCAUAAUUAUGUUUUCAUAUCUGCAAAAAUCAUAUUUUGCCAACCUGUAAUUUUUGUUUGGCUCAUUUUCAUGAAAAUGUUUGAUCAUUCUCUCUCUUGUUCUCCAUUCUAGGUGUAAAUACCGCGCAUGCUUCCUCUCUUUCCCAGCUACUGAUUCUCACGUUGUGUGUUCUGUGCCAUGUUGCUCCUGUCUUUCUUUUUUUCUUCCGAUUCACUUGAGAGAGGACUACAAAACAGGUUUGUAGCAUGUUUCGGCCAAAAGUUUUCUGCCGUGCCGUUUUACAAACCGUAGCCGAGAAACAUUUCUUAUGCUUUGCUAUCACCACGAUCAUUCUGUUCCUCUGGAAUUAUAUGUUUUUCCCAA